AUGAACUACAAAAGACGUGUGUUCCAAACUCUGACAAUGCUCGCACUUGUGCAGCUGGCCAAACAGUACUGCUAUUUAAUGAAGCCGCUGAACUUUAGCACUUGGGACACGCCCAAAUAUCGGCUGGUGAUGAAAUUGCAUGAGCGAAACAAUUCACUCUCAUCGAUCACGUAUGUGCAUCAGGAUGUGGCCAUACCUCUGUGGCACUUGGUGCUCGUGCAGCACCCGAGCAAGCGACGCGGCGCCCUGCGACCAGAUCCGCCGCGUACGCUCUACAAUGCGACGGUGAAGACGUGCGAUUUCUGGAAAUAUAUACGACGUGUUAGCGCCUGGAAUACGGCCGCAAAACUCAUGCUAUCGGGCGGCGGCAGCAACAUGAGCCUCGCCUGCCCGCUCAAGCAGGGCAUCUAUGUGAUGAACAUCAUUCAGGUGCCGCCCGAUACGUCCAUCUUGAAGUUCAUGUAUCAAGCGAACGCAGUGUACACGGUGCACGGCACCGUUUACUCCCUGAAUCCGAAGGAUGGCGUCAAGAAGGCCAUUUGCUAUUACGAGGUGAAUACCACCAUCUCCAAGAACUGCUGA